AUGAAAACCCUAAACUUCAUCACAGGCAAUAAAAAUAAGUUAGCUGAAGUUCAGGCGAUUUUGGGGGAUGACAUCGAAGUGCAGCAUCGGACUAUCGAUGUGCCUGAGAUUCAGGGAUCCAUCGAAGACAUUGCAAAGGAGAAAUGUCGGCGGGCGGCCAAAAUCAUACGAGGGCCAGUAUUGACCGAGGACACAGCUCUGGAGUUUAAUGCAUUAAAUGGGUUACCAGGACCAUAUAUCAAAUGGUUUCUAGAAGCUCUGGGCCACGACGGGCUUAACAAACUGCUGGAUCCAUACCAGGACAAAUCCGUCGUAGCUGUGUGCACAUUUGCCUUCUCUAGCGGGCCGGGAAAGGAACCUAUGCUCUUUCAAGGGAGGACAGAGGGUCGACUUGUUCCCGCAAGAGGUCCAACAAAUUUUGGUUGGGAUCCCGUGUUCGAGUAUCAGGGAAAGACGUUUGCGGAGAUGGACAAGCAUGAAAAAAAUUUGAUUUCCCACCGAUCCAAAGCGCUUGCGAAGCUGAAGCAAUGGCUCGUAGCAACACAACCCUGA